AUGGAAAAGACUGACUCCUUGACCAACUUGACUAAGCCUGAAUUGUACGGUUUUUAUCAAAAUGAUUCAUUCAUCAACUACGACAAAGAUUUGAAUGACAGUACGUCUGAAUUGGAAUUGAAAGUGAAAAAGUCGCCGGAUCUGAGAUAUCUCAACGGAGACGCCAACGGCAGCACCGUGCCGCUGAAGCAUCAACAUCUGCUUCACCAUCCCCAUGCCACGGGUUUCCCGUUCAUUGUCAAGUUGGUGAUCUUGUCGAGCUCAGCCUUUUUGUACAAUGAGAUCAUCAGACACAUCAACUAUAACCACUUUAGUGAAAACCAGUUGGUCAAUUUCCCAUUAUCCAUCACCCAUGUUUUCCUUUACUCCAUCGUGUCAAAGUUCAAAUUGGGAACCUACAUUUCCGAUAUAGACGAGCACGACUUGGGCAAGUUGUUUGACAAGAUCUUUGCCUUGACGUUGCAGGGCUUGUUAAUGGCUUCAGUGCAUCCCAUCUUGGAUAAGGUGUUACCAAGCAUCUUCACCAAGAGAUUAUUAUCGUCCAACCCAGCGCUGGCAAAUCGCAACGGCACAACCAAUUUCUUGAAUGACUUGAUCAGAACUUGUGUCACGUUUUUGGGUAUAAGCUACGCCAUCCGCAAAAUCGAAUGGACUAGUUUUUUGCAAGUGUCGAUCAUCUGGUCCUUGAUCAAUCCAGGCUUGUGGUUACUCUUGGACGGAACUAUUCUGGGCUUUUUGUCGUCGCUAUUGGUUACAGCUGGAUGUUGCGUGAGCAUCUAUUUGCAAAAUGCCCGAUUUAUCUUGAGCUAUUCCAAAACCACCAACGAUAUCAUUGCCUUGUGGUUAUGGACCGGCAGUUUUUUCUUUUGUGGGAUAAUCAUCUUUGGUAAACUUGGUAGAGGGUUAUUUGGAAACGGGGGCAAUUAG